AAAUAAAUUAUGAUAAUGAUAAAAGUGCUUUUAAUAAUAAUGAUCAAAUAGAUGAUGAAUCAAAUAUUCUUUAUAAUUAUAUGAAUAUUGAAAAAAGUGUAAAAAUGGCAUUGUACAAUACUAUUAACUAUUAUUGGCAAGUGCUAUCAGAAGAAGAAAUAUUGGCUGCAUUAUUAGAUUCUUGA